UUACUUUUUUUUUUAAAAAAAAAACCAGCAUUCACUUUUUUUUUUCUUCUUCUGCUUUAUACAUAUACCAAUUUAUAACAUGAUUCCGGAAGAAGAUUACGGUCAAUUAUCACAACAAGAAGCUUCCGAUAACGAACAGGAAGAAGCUAUUGAAUUUAUAUCUUAUGCCGAAAGUGAUGACGACGAUGAGGAUCCUUAUUUUAUGCCCGAGCAUCACAAGCGAACCAGCACUUGGACAUUUCAACGAUUAACAUGCGCUCCUAUUCAAGUGGUACGCUUUACUAUACCCUUUCUCUGCAUUCUUACCAUCAUUACAUAUACCAUUACCAUUGCCGUUAUCACUGAAAAAAAGAAGAAUUCGCUCUAAAGUGACUUGCGUUUUAUCAUGGGAAGGUGGGGGGGGGGAGGUUGAAUUAGGACACCACCCCCCUCUCUCACUCUCGUUUUUUUUUAUUAUUUUAUUUCUCUCACUUUUUUUUCUUUCUUUAAAUAAAAAAUGGCUAAUGAAUAUACAAAACAAGACAUU